AAAGUUUCAAUCAAUAAAACUAUUCAUCACGUGUUUGAUGAGACAAUAUGAGAUUUAUAUCAAGUGGCUGAUAAACCCUGCUACCUAAAAGCAUUUACUACUGAAUCUACCGUCUGAUCGGUAAAAUCCUUACGGAUUGUUACUGAACUAAACAGAUAUUUGUUCUAUAGUACUGCACAAUAAAAAUCAAUACUUGUUUGUCUGUCCCACGUUGUUUGUUAUUUUAAAGAUAACUGGUAAUAAUAUCGCAUAGUAUCGAUCAUAUGACCUAAGACAUUCUUGAUACUUAUAACAUUCAAAUGUGAUAUGAAACAUUGGAUUUCUCGACAAAGUUUAGGAUUAGGAUUAAUUACUUUUACAAGAGCUGUAUCAAGAAAUAUUCGAUGUUAUUAACGACACUCAUGUAUUUGGUAAUAUAUCAGAAUCGUGUUUCAAUGAAAGGGGAAUGGGAAUAUCUGGAUAUUAUACUUAAACGUGAUUCAGCCGCAGUAGGUGGAUUUGGUUUUAGUAUUGCCGGAGGAAUUGAUAAUCCUAUUACCGACUUGGAUAAUGGGAUUUAUGUCACGAGAAUAGCUCCCAAUGGAUGCGCGGAUCGAGAUGGUAAACUAAGGGUUGAUGAUCAAAUCCUUAGUGUCAAUGACAUCAGUUUAGAGCAUGUUACAAAUAUGGAAGCAGUGAAAACACUAAGACAAGCUGGUAAUCAACUACAUUUAGUUGUAAGACGAUUUGUUGGUAAUACUGGAGUAACAACACCGGAUAGAACAGUUGUACAACAUUCUCCAUCCUUUCGAUCACCAGAAGUUAUGUCUGAUUUAGAAGACAGUGGUUCAACUCCAAUAUGGUACGAAGUCCAACUCCGUAAACCACAUUCAAAUUAUGGCCUCGGAUUCAGUAUUGCUGGUGGUCAAGAUGUUGAAAAUAAUAACUUCCCUUCAACUGGAAUAUUUAUUACACGUAUUAGUCCAGGUGGGUUAGCCGAUUUAGAUGGUCGUAUCAUGCCUGGUGAUCAGUUAAUGCAAGUGAAUGAAAUUGACCUAAGUCAUGCUACUCAUGAAGAAGCUGUUCGAAUACUUCGUAAUGCAGGUGAUAUUGUAAAUUUAGUGCUAACACGUCAACAAGUAGAGAGUUUUGAUGAACCUGGUUCGUUAGAGCAUUCAACAAAUGCUGAAUCAACACGUAAAUAUCAAAUAAGCAGUAAUCGAAAACUUUCAUAACAAAUGCUUAAUAAACACAUGCAUAUCAUAUUUCUUCAAGUAUUUAUUGCACAAUCAUUUCGUUCUACAUCAAGAAAAACUGUUUGUAAAUAAUUACGUACAUGUAUAUCAAACUUUUCAUAUCCUUUUUUAUGAUAGAGUACUGCCUUUCUAAAUAAAAUUAAUGAAAAUCUUUAGAUGACACAAGAUUAUUUUUACCUGGGAUAGAUGUUCAUAUUUGUGUGUCAUCGAAGUUGAAUAAUUUGUUGGAACUCCAUUUUUAUCGUAUUCACUUUAAAGCUGUUCCUUUUGGUGCCAAUAAAAAAUAUGUAUUUGUUAUUAGCUUCAUGAUACAGUUGUUCACUGAAUAA